CGCAAUAAUUAGCAUUAUUUCAAUGUAUCAUACGUGAGCUCCUUCGCGGUUGAGACGUCAAAUAAUAAUUAUAUAGUUGUAGGAGUCACAAUAAUCAGUCCAGUACACGAAAAACUGUCCGAAGUUCCGAUGUUUUCUAUUCAGCGAAACACAACUCGACUCUACCCAAUCGGAUUAAGAAUCGCAAGAAUGAGCCAGGUUGGUGAUUUAGGAUCAGGCGCUGGCAAAGGAGGCGGCGGUGGCGGUUCCAUCCGGGAAGCUGGCGGAUCUUUUGGUAAAAUGGAAGCAGCCCACGAGGAGGAAUAUUUCUACAAACAACAGCGUGAGCAGCUGCAGAACUUAAAAACUAAGACUGAUACUAAAGGCGCUGACGAACAGGCGAAGGCACAAGCAAGCAGUGGUAAAAAAUAGCUUCGAAACUAAUUGAAAUACAUUAGAUACACAAACAA